GAUUACAAGAAGCACAAUUUGGACAACGUCGCCAAAGCAGCCAUCUUCAAGACACUUGAUCCCAUCACCUUCUCUAAGAUCAAGCAUCUUAAGACUGCCAUGGAGAUAUGGAAAGGUCUUGGGAAGCUGUGUGAGGGAUCAGAGGACCUAAGAAAGCAGAAGAUAGAGAUUCUGCUCAAGAAAUUCAAAAGCUUCAAAAUGCUUCCCGGAGAAUCAUUUGAUAUGUUGGAUGAAAGAUUCCACAAAAUCCCAAAUGAUCUUGCAUCACUUAACCACGUUCUUUCUCCCAAAGAAAAGAAUGUAAGGUUACUGAGAUCUCUUCCAACUGAGUGGUACACCAAAGCCACAGCCAUGGAAGAAGGAAGAAACCUGGAGAACUACACUGUCCAAGGUCUCCUUGAUGAGCUCAGAACCUAUGAGCAUGAGCUGAAGAAGAAGAAGGAAGAACAAGUCACUCCAUUUUCCACGGCACUGAUGACAACCCCAAGAGUCCCAUCAAGUGAAGGGACAUGCCCAAGGAACUGUGACACACCUUCCUCUAACCAGCCAUCAAGUUCAAGAAUGGAGAACUACGAUGAGGAAUUUGCCAUGAUGGUCAAGCAAUUCCAGAAGUUCAAGAAGUUCUUCAAGAAAGCUGACUCAGUCAGAAGGCCAUCCAAGGGAAAGCCACAGGUAAGUGACUCCCCUCCUGAAUCUUAUUUAUGUUAUAAUUGCAGGAAGCCUGGCCACUGGAAGUCAGCAUGCCCGUACCCAAAAGUGGAGAAGUACGGAGAAAGAGAAAGAAACGAGAAGAAGAAGAAGAAGGCAAUGGUAGCAGCUGAAAGUGACGAGUCAUCCAGCUCAAUCUCGGAUGAAGAAGCCCUCGUCUGCAUGGAGCACAGAGCUGAGAAGUCCAACCAUGAGGAUCGGUGGACCAUGUCAGGAGAUGACACUCACUGCCUAAUGGCCAAAGAUGAUGUUGAACAAGAGGUAACAUCACAAACCUCCUGCUCAUCUUCCUAUGAAAGCAUACCAACUUCUGAAAUACUUUUUGACAAGUCCAAAAAGAUGAUGAAAGAUUUUGAGGAAAUAAAUCUCAAACACUCAUCCUUAACAGAAGAGAAGAAGCUGUUGAGUGAAGAGAAUCUCAAGUUGACUGAAAGUCGGAAAAGUCAACUAAGUGAGAUCACUCAACUCAAGGCUGAGAAUGAAUCUCUUUCUAAAAAGGUGAAAUCCCUCAACAAGGAGCUAGGGAUACUGAAGUCUAAAGAAGGAGUGGAUAAGCUUCUUGAAACGACCAAACAUAAGGAUCGUGAAGGACUUGGUUUUGACCCCUCCAGUUCCAAAAGGAAAGGGAAAACAACUUUUAUCCCUCCCAAACCUACUGCCAAACCCAAUAAGCAGAAAGGAAAGGAGAAGGAAAAACCCACAGAUGUUCCCAAAAAGGAAGCCACUAAGUACCCAGGUGUCUGGUACUUAGACAGUGGCUGUUCAAGACACAUGACGGGUGAUGCGAGCCUUUUGAGCAAUCUAAUCCCCUAUGAUGGUCCAAGAGUUACUUUUGGGGGAAGCAAUGACUUUGGCCUUACAAAAGGGCUAGGAAAUCUGGUGUACAAGGGACUAACCAUCCAAGCUGUAUCUUAUGUGGAAGGUCUCAACUAUAACCUUCUUAGCAUAAGUCAGUUUUGUGAUAAAGGUUAUUCUCUGGAAUUCUGCAAGGACAUGGCAUCCCUCAAGAACAAUUCCACAAAUGAAGUCAUUCUCACUGGGAAGAGAAUUAGAAACAUCUAUGAAGUGAUGUGGGACGAUGUCAAGGAAGCAUGCCUAAUCAGCAAAGGUGACACUAACCUUCUAUGGCUUUGGCACAAGAGAUUCAAAUAUGAAGAAGAAGUUAUGGAAUUCUAUAGAAAUGGAGAAAUCAAGACUGUCAAAUCAAAGGAGAAUCCAGAAAGAUCGAUUCAGCUCAUCAAAUCAACUGUUGGAGGCAUGAAAGUGAAGAUCUCACAGAAAAGGAUGCAGAAGAAGCUCCAUCUUCCCAACUCUGGAAUUGAAAUUGGGAAGCUCUCGUCCAGGAAUCUGGAUUGGAAGACCAUUGGAAAUUCUGGGCAAAUCCCCUCUGGCCCAGCGAAGAAAGCAGACUUAAAGAACGACUACAAGUUAGUUCUGGACAAACAGAAAUGGCCCAAACAGAAAUACUUGUGUCAAGGAUUGUGCCUUGGGUACAUUUUGGAGUCCAUGGGUGUUGCCUCUAAAGGCAAGAAGUAUGAUGCCAUAUAUUGGCUACACUAUAUGUCUUCCAAAGGGGAAAACAGAACUGGUGUUAGUGCAACUGCAGAGGAAAGCUCUUCAAACAAUGUCCCUAUCAUGAGUCUGAAGAAGUCAGUAAAGAGGAAGCAAGUGGUGUCUCCCUCUCCCAGUGCUGAAGCACCGCACAUUUUGGCAGCGCUGAAUUUGGAAGAAGAAGAAGAAGUAUCUGCCCAAGGGGAACUUCAAAGAAAGAAGAAAAGGAAAAUCACCUCUCCCUCCACAUCUGGAAAUAUCAACCCGGAUGAGUUGGUGGGAAAGGAGCCAGUUGAGGAACACUCUGCACACAACCAGAGCCUUCAGCAACUUGAUGAAGAAAUUCCCCAAGUUCAAAGUUCUCCAACUCCUUCACUACAGGCUCAAACUAAUGAUGCAGAGAGCCAAUUCAUGCAGCUCUAUUAUGACUGGAGAGCUUGGAAGGUUGAGAACUCGGUAGAGAAGUUGUUGGAAUGGGACCAAAAACUGAAAAAUGAAAAGAUCAUCAAGAGAUGCUUGGGUCUGCCAGUCAACUACUGCUGUGAGCAAAUCCUGGAUGUUGACUGGGUAUGGCAAAGAAACUAUGAAGAUUUGCAUCUAGAAUACUUGGCAUCCACACCAGUCUCAGAAUUUGAAGUGGACGAUGAAGAUCCUUCAGUCUACAGGCCAAUCUUCUCAAAGGCCACAGAAGAUCAGAUGGCUCUUACCACAGAAGCACAGGAAGCCACAACAGAGGAUUUCCAAGUUUUUCCGGAAACCUCCCCUGCUUUUGAGACUAAUCUGCCUGAAGCUGUCCAGGAGAAUGGAGCUUCUCCACAACAAGAACAGAACCAGGAAGCAUCAGAGGAAGAACUUCUUCAACUCCUCCAAUCUCAAGUUCAAGAGAUUAUCACAACUCCUUGUGAGAUCUCCAAUCAGCGUGAACUUGAGAUUCCGGAGAAGUCAACAGAGAAUCUGGAGAAGUCCACUCCUCCAGAGACAAAUGCAUAUGAAGCUCAAGAAGUCCAAGUUGUAGAAAUCCAGAGAAGUUCUGCAGAAGCUGAGAAGGAAGCUCAAAUGGCUGGACUGGAGACCUUUGAAACUCCAGUUACUAUCUUUGAGCAGAAAAUUGGUGAUGAAGACAGAGAUUCUCUUUCAAGGGACAUCUCAAAAUUCAUGAAUGAGACAGAGGAAGAAUCGGAAAAGACGCUGAUGAUUGAUGAUGAAGAAGCUGAGCACGGAGAUGCUGAAUCACUCCCUCUGCAACUCUUCCACAGAGUACCUUCUUCACAUCAGAGCAAUCCAGAGAACUCAAUCCAACAUCUAUCAAACACUGAGUUUGAUGGAACAGAAGCUGUAGGAACCAUUGUCUCCCACUUCACAAAUGAUGCCCAGACAGAAGAAAUAUAUAACAACCUCAAGCGCAUAGAGGAAGAAUGUGGAGUUAUUCAAGGCAUUGGUGAGAUUGCCGGAUCAUCUAAGCGCAAGAAGAAUCUUUCCCAAAGAUCCAGCAAACUGUUUACCAGCAACAAGAAGGGGUCGACAAAGGACUGGAAGCCCUUCUUCGUCUUUGUCUCGAUGGGGCCCGAAUCUCCUUUCACGGGUUCAGGGCUCCCUUCUUUCCGUCGCAUCCCUUGUCCCCCAUCUAACGCCACCCUCUUGUCCAUGACCCACCAACUCUGCAGCCGGGGGGCUAUCAACAUUAAGGAGGUGGUAACCGAGGAGUCUCUUGCCAAGAUGGGGUUUGAGUUCGUCCAAGACGAACUUUGCCACCAACCUGAGCUGUUGAGGGAUGUUCCCGGGGGCGGCCAACCCGACCAGCCAAGGGGCACUCCUGAGGGAGUUCUUGAUUGUGUUGAGUUACAGGAUCUAGGAGAAGAGAUGGACAACGAUCUCCUACUCCGUCACUUCACGGCAGGGAGGAAGAAGAAAAGAGAGGCGAGGGGCCAUGGCAAGUGCUCUUCCUCCCACCGAGGGGACAGUCCUUCUCAAGAGCCGGCUGUAAUCGUGGUGGAGGACCAGGAUGAUGCGGCCCUAGAAACGGGUACAAAUGCGGUUCCUUCCCCUCUGCACUCUCUGAUGCCAGGUGGCGACCUGGCUGGGUCGUCCCAAGGUGUUGUCUUGGAGCGACCUCAUUCGUCGCCCGCAGUGACCUACAAGGUGGCGACCGAGGGUCGCUCAACAAGGCUCAGCCUUCCUCCCCCGCCUCAAAGUCUAGGGGACGUGCAGCUGGAGACCUUGAUCACCCUGCCCGCGGAAGACCAGGCCCACAUCUCGGCUGGUUCUGAGGACGAUCUUGACAACAUGGUCCUCUUGAGACUUAGCCAGGCUACGCUGGGGAUGAUUGAGGUUGUCGACAGGAAGCGGGGCCGCCAAGCUGCUUUGGAUGAGGCGAUGAAGGCAGCGGAAACCAAGCAGAAGGAGUUACAGGAGGAGGUCGCCCGUCUUAUGAGGGAGUUGGAGGAGAAGGAGAGCUGCUGCGCUGUUCAUGAGGCGGAGAAAGCCUCGCAACAGGACUGCUACGUUGCUCUUGAGGAAGGUAAAGCCUCCCUGUCUUUGGAGCUGGAGUUGGAGAGGAGCGACCGGGCCCGCCAUGUGGAGGACGCGAUCGAGUCUUUUAAGUCCUCCCCUGGCUUUACGCUGGUCGCUCUAGAGCGAAUGGACAGGCUGGCAGCUGAGUGGCUCAAAACUAAACCCGGGGCUCAAUGGAUGAUCAAGGAGGGGACCAAGUCCUUCAACUGCGGCCUCUUCCGUUCCCAGCAAGUCUUCCGUGAUAGGCUAGCCCAGCUUCCCAAAGGAUUCUCUCUUCCCGACCUCGGCUUUCCUCCUCCCUAUCGCUCCCUGGCUGAGUUCGACCCCAGUCCUUACCUGGACGGAGGGAGCUCGAGCGCUUCCGACGAAGAAGAAGAAGAAGAAGAUGGACAGGGCGACCAGAAUCCGGGGGCUAGCUUAGCAACAUCUAAGGCAGGCGAAAAUCCCAGCUCGAGCAUCUAACUCCCCUGUCUCCCCUCUCCUUGUUGCUUUUAUUCUGUCCUUCAGCAAUGUAAAGACUUAUGAUUUUUCGGAAUGCCUUGAUGUUUCGAUGCAAUGUUCUCAUGUUGGAUGUGAUGUUUAACUCGUCUUGACCAUCAUGCGCUUUCCUUUUUCUG